CUUCAUUUUCAGUGGUUAUGGCCACGUCAUCAUUAUUAUAUCCUCUCGUCUUCUUCUCUUCGCCAUCUCCCGUUACCUCGUUUCCCUCUCCCGGCGUUUCCCGUUUCCCUCGAACUCCCUUCCUUAAGCCCGAGCUAGCCAGCAUUCGCCGGAGACGCCGCCGUGCCUCGCCGGAGGAGAAGGUCAUGGCGCCGUCUACUAGGUGGGAUGAUGGCGGGGCUCGGGACGAUGAUGAGGAGAACGCUUUGAGGGCUCCGACAGUGGAUUCACAUGAGAUCGAGCUCUCCUUCCCGGAUUUUACUGGGGGAUAUUCAACAUCCAGGGAUCAGUUUGCAUCAGAUAACAGAGACAUGCGUUCAAGAGAUGUUGGGGGAGACAUGUACCAAUCUAGCAUAAAAAUUCCUCCUCAGAAGAAAAGGUCUUAUUUGAACGAUUUAAAAUGUUUUGGAGUGGACUUGUCUCCUGACAACAUUGCAGUUGCUAUAGUAUAUUUUGUACAAGGAGUUUUAGGCCUUGCCAGGCUUGCUGUAAGCUUUUACUUGAAGGAUGACCUUCAUCUAGAUCCUGCCGAGACAGCAGUUGUAUCUGGUGUGUCUGCUUUACCAUGGCUGGUCAAGCCUCUUUAUGGGUUUAUCAGUGAUUCUAUCCCUCUUUUUGGAUACCGGAGAAGGUCAUAUCUAUUUCUGUCAGGGCUUCUUGGAGCCCUUUCAUGGAGCUUAAUGGCCACCUUUGUGGACAGCAAGUAUGGUGCAGCAUUCUGCAUUCUUCUUGGAUCUCUCUCUGUUGCAUUUUCAGAUGUUGUUGUAGAUUCCAUGGUAGUUGAACGAGCGCGGGGUGAGUCACAAAGCAUGUCUGGAUCACUUCAAUCUUUAUGUUGGGGAUCUUCAGCCAUUGGAGGUAUUGUGAGCGCUUACUUCAGUGGUUCUCUUGUAGAUGCUUAUGGUGUCAGAUUUGUUUUUGGUGUGACGGCUUUUCUUCCACUGAUGACAUCAGCAGUUGCUGUUCUUGUAAAGGAGCAGGCUGUGGCUUCUAGCAAAGUAUAUAACCCAUCAAUUUCCACUCCGAUGCUGCUAGAGAGUUCAAAGCAGCAUAUCCUGCAAUUGUGGACUGCUGUCAAGCAGCGUGAAAUUUUUCUACCAACCUUGUUCAUAUUCUUGUGGCAAGCAACACCACAGUCUGACUCCGCAAUGUUCUACUUUCUCACAAACAAACUUGGUUUCACCCCGGAAUUUCUCGGUCGUGUCAAACUUGUUACCUCUGUGGCUUCACUUAUUGGUGUUGCAGUGUAUAAUACAUUUCUGAAAAAAGUUCCACUGAGGAAAAUUUUUCUGUUGACAACAAUAACUGGUUCAGCCCUCGGAAUGACUCAGGUCUUUCUUGUAACUGGAUUGAACCGACAAUUUGGCAUAAGUGAUGAGUGGUUUUCAAUUGGAGAUUCUCUGAUCCUGACAGUUCUUGGGCAGGCUUCAUUCAUGCCUGUAUUGGUGCUAGCUGCAAGAAUAUGUCCUCCUGGUGUUGAAGCCACUCUGUUUGCAACCUUAAUGUCUAUUUCAAACGGGGGAGGUGUCACUGGCGGUCUGUUGGGCGCUGGCUUGACUCAACUUCUUGGUGUUACCAAGGACACCUUCAACAAUUUAGCUCCCUUGUUAAUCAUAUGCAAUCUCAGCUCCUUACUUCCACUGCCCCUUCUUGGCCUACUUCCUGAGGAUAUCCCAGAUGCCAAGAGCACAGAUAUUGAAGAUGUAAAGUCAAGCUAAAGCAUGAGAGUCCAAUACUGAGAGGUUGAUGGUUCUAGUCACCAUUUUCGAUGAAUUCCAGUAUCCAUUCUUCGCUUAUGAACUCAUUUCGGUUAUUGGUUUCACUCCUAGAGAUGAUCGGCACAUCGGCACAAACCAGAGGAGAUAUCAGCUUUCAAUUCACCAGUA